UACGUCUGCAUAAUAAUAAUUAUAACCCAAACGUAACCCAAAAAAAAAAUGCUUCGCAGUGGAAACACAACGACGAUACUAUGCGAGGAACAAGCAAAAUUUAUCCUCGACCGCAUAAGCACGGUUGAGAAACAUUUCGGUGAGUUGUGUGGUGCGUUGGCGGAAUACACGCGCAAAAUAGCCCGGCUGCGUGAUAAAACGGACGAACUAGCGCACACAACGCAAGACUACUGCGAUGCGGAAAAGUUAAAUCCGACGCUUAGCGGAGCACUUUCCAGCAUGGCUAAGGCGGUAACGCUAAUGGGAGAUUUUCACGAUACGCGCGUGAAACGAUUGGAAACGAAAAUCGUUGCCGAGCUGUCCCAGUACGAAGCCGUAUGUAAACAUUGCAAGGAAGACGUGAAGGAAGCGCUGUUGGUGCGGGACAAGGAUUUGGCCAAGAGGAAACAGCUGGAACAGAGCAAAAGCCGUAACGGGCGGAUGAAGCGUAACACGAACGAUACGGAACUCAUUAAAUCGAAUCUGGAGGUCGAAAAAUCGUUAAAAGAGAUCGAACAUCAGGUCGAGCGGUUCGAGAAGCAAAAGUUGCACGAUCUGAAAGAAUUGCUGCAGAGCUUCGUGUUGAUUGAACUAAAGAUGCACACGCAAGCGGUGGAAGUCCUUUCUGCAACGUAUCAGGACAUAAGCGAGAUAGACGAGUCGAAAGAUUUACAGGCCGUACACAAGGAAUUAAAGAGACAAAAUCGGCAAUUUAAAAAAAUUCUUCAGCAAGAUACCGUCCCCGACCGUUACUUUCUACAGCGCAUCAAGAGCCAAUCGAUGGGUGCCCUUAACGCCACGCUGGCUGGAUUUAACGCUGGCCGUAAAAAUAAAAGCUUAAGCUCGAACUCGCUCAACUCGUCCCAGGAACAGGAGCAAGAAAUUGGCACGGAAUCUAUUGAACAGCAGCACACACAGAGAAAGAUUACAGCUGCGAGACGUUCAAACAAAACGUCGGUCCAAUCGAUCGAAUCGUUGGAUUCUUUAAAGCGUGAUUUGUCCUCAGCGUCCAGUACCUCAUCCGACGAAGAUGAUAGCGAGGACAGUGAAACGCUAACGGAUGAACAAUCGGACACUCUGGUAAAACCAGCGAAAGUAAGCGUUUUGAGCGAUCAUACGAAAAAGAGUCAGGGCAACAAUAUUCUUGCGUCUGUGAGGAAGUAUCGAAUCAAGAAUACGAUUAAAGCGAACGUUAACUAUCUAGAGAAGUCCCAGAACCGUUCCCUAGCGACCAGCCUUGUUGAAUCGAACCAAACUCUAUUAGGGACAGUAACUGUUACUAGCCUAUUACGUUCUAUUUACUGCUGGUUACAAUCGGUAACUAGCGGAAUCGUACCGUUACUAUGGUUAAAUGGAUUUGCUAACAGUGCCCUUCCUACUAUUUACGUACCAUUCCAACAUUGAGCAAUAUAUCUUC